CCCGCCGUCAGCCGGCUCCGGCUCCGGCCCCCGAGCCCAUGGGCAGCGGCAGCAGCCGGAGACGGGGCCCGGUGGCGACGGGGGGCGGCGGCGGAGGCGACCCCCGAGGGCCGGGGGCAGCCCCGGGCCCGGCGGAGGCGGCGGCAGGGGGCGAGGGGGCGGCGGCGCUGCCCGCCCCCGGCAGCCCCCCGCGGGAGGCUGUGUUACCUGCAAGCCCGCCUGACCCAGAGAACAACAACGUCAGCAAUGAACAAGGGUGCAGGCUGUGCCUCCAAGUCUGCAGCUCCUGCUGGCCAGAGCUGCACGCAGACGCUUUUUGGAGGUGGUUCAGCACCCGGCAAAUGUUCACGUGGAUGAAAUCAAAGCAGCUGAGGCCACAGAAGCGGUGGUUAAAGUGUGUCUGCUGGUGCGUGAUCCUGGCUCGUGGACACUGGCUUCCAGCUUUCCUCCCGUAUGUGCUGCUGCAGCAGAAACCAGAUAGCUCACAGUCCUUCAGGAGAAGAGAAAGGAAGAAAAGGAAGGAACAGAACUGGCUAAAUCCUACUCGGGAGCUGCCAGGAGAAGCUGCAGCCGAGGGCAGGGUGCAAUGUCCAUAGCUCCAGGCCCACAUGAUGCGGCCGCCACGCCAGCUGGGGGCCAGGUGGCUCCCGGGAAAACAUCAAACUAUUCCUGACAUGCACGGGGCACGGCAUGAGCACUGCGAGGUCAGGCCAGCUGGGCCUUCUCUCUUAAAAGGUGCAGCUACCUCCGUGCAGUGUGCUCCAACAGGCAAAUGCUUCAGAAAUAUUAUGGACACGCCUGUGCCCAAGGAGAACCAUCCUUGGCUGCCAAAGAUGGCUGAGGGUUUGUGAAAGCAGCUCCCAUAUAUGAGAAAGUUUCCUUGGAAAAGCAUUUCAGGGCAUUUUCCUUCAAUUCAGGGCACUUUCCUUCAAUUCUCAUUCCACACUUACCUGCUUUGGGGCAGCUCUCAUCUAAUAACCAGGGUUCUCAGUUUUUUCCCCAAGGGAUGCUAACACCAAAUUCAUCUAAGCUACAAGGCCAAGGAUGAGCUGGAUCUCAUCCUUAGAGAAAUGGUAAGCCAUAGAUGCUAAUGAUGAUAGAGCUAGAGCCAUGCUAUCAGAUAUGAAAACCUCACUUUGGCAACCAACCAACUGCCCUACAAAACCAUUUAUUUCUUGCUUACUUGUUCCUGGAGGGCACAAAGUGAACGCACCGAGCUGCAGGUCUGUGAAAACGUGUUAAUACCCAAGUUCCUCCGAGUGAAUUGCGGGCCCAGCAGAGCCCACACGCAGACACCAAACCUGGAGGGGUUUGUUCAGGCCCCGGAGAGCCCGAACAAACAAAACUACUACAUUUUAUCUUACAUAUCUCUAAAGCAGAGGUACAAAAUACCAAAACAGUGGAAACGCAAGCCGUUCCUACUGGCAGUGUCCAGCCCUAUCGAAAGGGGCAAAAGCCGGAGGGCAUGCAAAUCCUGAAAUAAAUAAACAGAAAAUAGUAAGAACACCUUUCUGCAUAAAGCCUUGAAGCGAGUAACUGGUGUAAAGGUUAUGGCGAGCUUUAGCUGGGCCUCGGCCAUAACUCACCGGAGGGUUAUGGGGUUACGUGAGUGUGAGCCGCAGCAUUGCAAGGACUUUACUUCCAUGAACUCACCGACUGAAAUAGAUGCCAAGUAAUAGCAAACGUCAGCCAGUGGUGGAAAUUUGAUGCGUUAGAGUAUCUAUAUCUCAGCAAGCCACUUGUAUUGCGACUUUUCUAUUCACAAACAGAUGAAAUUAGUGUCUUUUUGUGUCUUCGGAGCUGGAUUCCCCCUCAUGCCCACAAUAAC